GCGCGCCCACACUAUAAAGGCCCGCGUCUCUCAGCGCGAGAGCUGAGGAAGUUUAUACUUUUCUUCCAGGCUGGUGGAGCCUGAGCAAGUACGGGAAUUGCCAUUUUCCGACGCACCAUCAAGAAAACAUUUGCUCAGGGACAUUUAGCUCAUCUGUUGGCCUUAACAUCAAGAAACUCUGCCUUACUCCACCUGUUUCCUGCAAACCCAAGUCUACCCUAAACCUCUACAAUGAUGCAAAUUAGUAGUGACCCGGCCAGCAACAAGAACUCCCUCAUCAAUGUGAUGCACCGCUUCAUCGCUGCAACCAACAACAUGGAUGAGACUAUCAUGGUGCCCAGCCUGUUGCGGGAUGUGCCCCUGGAGGAGCAGGAGAGCCAGCAGGUUGAGGUGGUGGUGAAGAACGAGCCUUCCUACCCUAACAAGCAGAGGGACAUGUACGAGCACUACCUCCUCCUCAAGUCCAUAAAGAACGACAUGGAGUGGGGCCUGCUGAAGAGGGAGAUGAGCGGUGGGGCCAGCUUCCUGGAAAUGGCUGUCAAGCAAGCGGAGCAGCAGUCGAUAACCAGGGGGCUCCCUGGUGACGAGAGCUCAGAUCUGGAGGGCCAGUUCCACUACCACCUCAGGGGACUGUUUGGAGUCCUGUCAAAACUCACAGUGCAAGCAGACCACCUCACCAACUGCUACAAGAGGGAAAUCGGAGGUGCUAACUUCAUGAGAUAGGGUCACAUCUGCCUGAACUUGGUCUGCUUGACUCACAAACACCGUGGUGUUAUGGGAGACCUCUUGCCCCUUGUGCAAUCGGUGGUGGACUGACCAGAGCAACUACCUUAUGAUUUCUUUCAAUCCUGUCUUGAGUAGUAACACUCCACCCCCUCUGUCACUUGCUUCCCAAACCUCCACUAAUCAUAAAUGUAAACCAAUCUGAUUGACACUUGCACAUGUUCCUGACCGUGUAAGGUCAUAUAGGAUUCUUUAAACCUUGCGUUGUAAGUUCAUCAGGGUUUGACAUUUUAUGCUUAUUGGCUGUUUUUACCGCGUUUUUGGUGUCGGAUUUGGAGUCUAGUUGAAUCAUGGAUCUGGUAGAUGAACAAACUUCCCAUAGUCUUCAUUUCAAGUCCAAACAUUUGUGGAUUCACAUGUAUGUCAGUGGAAUUGGAUGUCUGUGUAUGCCAUGUCUUUUUAAAUGACUCUAGAGAGAGGUUUGACUAGGAGUAUUUAGAAUGCUGGUUGUUCUGGCCCUCCUUAAAAUUUAAAGGACACCUUAAUGUCUGGGCUUGUUUAAGCGCCUUUAUUUAAAAUAAUAGUUUAUUAAUUUUAUUGCUCAUGAUGACACGUGGUGUGCCUUGAAUUAUCUAAAUAAAGUCCUGCUCAGAUGCCCCCUACUGUCUGGUCCACAUUGUUUGAAUGGCAACCUACCCUUUUUUUUUUUUUUUGUCAAACUAUUGUAACACCACUAUUAAUUUCUAUGUAUUGUCCUUGGAUAUUUCAAUUUUUAUAUUGGGCAGAAAUGCAGUACAACUAAAAUAAUUAAACUUAACUUGUUCAAA